AGGUCUCCCCUCCUCUAUUCAGACGUCAAAUCAUUUUCUUGUGUACGGUCGUUUUCAUGAUCGCGUCGUCAGUCGCGUUAUUUCGUAAGCCGUGGUUGCAAGCGUCGAUUUUACAGUGACAUCAGUAAAAUUUAGGACGUUUGAGUGUUCAGUGAUAUUUAGUACAUUAAAUAACACAAGAAGAUGUCGUUCAACACCGAUAUUUCGAGUAAAUUAGAAAACAGCAGAAACACUCUGCGAAAAAUUGCCCGGCAUGAUGACACUGAGUUCUCUAAGCAGAGCAUUCUCAACGACAUGGAGAAGUUCGUCAAAAUGGUCAAUACCAUGGACGAGACCGUGCUUGUACCCAGCCGUUUGAUGAACCUGCCGCAAGAAGGAGACGACGACCCAUUCAACAUGUUCGCUAUGCUGAAUGAAUUAAAGACUGAACUAUUAUGGGCAGGAGAUGCUGAAGAGCACGUAGAGAGAGGCAGAAGGGUAUCUGAUAUCAGCGACACGGAAAGUGAUGCGUCUAGUGCAGCUGGAGACUCCGGUAUCGACGGCGAGGAUGAGAGGGAGUCGGCGGCGCGUGCCGCUGCAGCUUGCCGAAGGCAUCUGCGUGGUCUCAGGCGGUCUCUGCGCCACUUGACUGCCGCCGCAGCCCACCUCACGAGGUCAUAUCAGGAAGAGGUUGGCGCACCGGUAUAGGAUAAUACAUUUGUUUCCUGUGAUCAACGCCUAUCCCUCACGCGCUGUAUAUAUAGAAUAAGCGGCCCGCAAUGUACAUAUAGUUUAUAGGGCCGAUCGUGUAUGGGAAUCUCAAUAAGUUAAACGCGGUUAUUUAAUAAAUUUAAUUUUCAAUAA